AUGUAUUAUGUGACUGUAAGGAUCGGCCCACACGACUUUUACGAAAUUGUAGAACAAGAACAGAGCACCAAUGCUGAUUUAAAUACUGAUUUAAGUUCUCAUUUAGUAAGAAUCUCACAGGCAGUCAGAGAUUUGGAAGGAUUUAGGGAUUUCCUUGAAAGUAAUGUAAUUGACACUUACAUGUUAGAAGCCCUUAGAAGUCGGCAACAACAAAUUCAAGAUCAACAACUGCAACAGACUCAUUGUAUAACAAGUAUUGAUAAUCCAAAUCGCAGUUUUGAUGAAAUUUGA